CACUGGUAUUUAUUUACAGACGAGCGCGGCAUCAACUGCAUGCAUUCAUCUGUGAAAGUCCCCCGCGACACACGGGCUGCCACCCUAAAGAUUAGAGUCAUGGCGCCCUUGUCUUUGUCCUUGUCUCUUCUGAAGCACAAGAACUGUCUGCAGAAGGCGAAUAUUUUCUGUAAUGUAUUACAGACUUUACACCACCGGCCAUUCACACCUCGCUUAUGGAAACGGAAUUUUGGUGCGGUAGCCCAUGGAGUCGGUCAACUCCUGUCACAACAACCUAGAGCCAAAAGCUACGCAGCAUCUGUUUGUAGUAGCUCUUCAGACGGUCAGGACAUGCCAGAGAGGCUGUGGUCUGUUUACAAUGAGACCAAAAGGCAGACUGAAGGUUUGAUCCCAGCCAUUGCUGCCAACUCAGUUAACCCUGACACCAUUUUUGCAAACAAUGAGAUGAGCCUGCGGGACACAGAGAUCUAUGGCUUCGACUAUGACUACACCCUGGCGUUCUACUCCAGGAACCUCCACACCCUCAUCUUCAACAUAGCACGCGACAUUCUCAUCACUAACCACAGGUAUCCAGAGGGUCUGCUAAAUUAUGAGUAUAUUCCUAAUUUUGCUGUCAGAGGACUUCACUAUGACGUUCAGAAGGCACUGCUGAUGAAGAUAGAUGCUUUUCACUACAUCCAGUUGGGAACUGUAUACAGGGGUCUUCAUCCAGUUCCUGAUGAGGAAGUAAUUGCCAUGUAUGACGGUUGUCAUGUACCUCUGGAGAACAUGAGCGACUUCUAUGGCAAGAGUUCCCAUGGCCACACCAUGAAACAGUUCAUGGACAUAUUCUCCCUGCCUGAGAUGAGCCUCUUGUCCUGUGUCAAUGACUUCUUUAUGAGGCACAAUAUCGACUAUGAGCCAGUGCAUCUCUACAAAGACGUAAAGGAAGCCAUUAGAGAUGUUCACGUUAAGGGCAUUAUGUACCGAGCCGUGGAGGCAGAUAUUGAGAAAUACAUUUGCUAUGGUGAGCAAAGCCACGCCGUGCUGAAGAAGCUGUCAGAGCAUGGAAAAAAGAUGUUCCUCAUUACCAACAGCCCAUUUGACUUUGUGGACCGAGGAAUGAACUACAUUGUUGGGAAGGACUGGCAGGACCUGUUUGAUGUUGUGAUCGUUCAGGCCGACAAACCUGGUUUCUUUAAUGACAGGCGAAAACCUUUCAGGCGAGUGACAGACAAAGGUGCAUUGCUGUGGGACAGGAUUCACAAGUUGGAAAAAGGAAAGAUCUACAAACAGGGAAACCUUUACGAGUUCCUGAGACUCACAGGCUGGACAGGAUCCAAAGUGCUCUACUUUGGUGAUCACAUCUACAGUGACUUGGCAGAUCUAACGCUGAAACAUGGUUGGAGGACGGGCGCCAUCAUCCCUGAGCUGAGGAAGGAGAUCAAGAUCAUGAACACGGAACAGUACGUGCACAUGAUGGCCUGGUUACAGGCACUGACUGGACUUAUCGAACAGAUGCAGGUACAUAGGGAUCCAGCAUCUCAAGCUGUCGUUGAGGAGUGGAUCAGAGAAAGAGAAGCCAUGAGGUCACAGACAAAGGACAUCUUCAACCCUCAGUUUGGGAGUCUGUUCCGGACGUACCACAACCCCACAUACUUCUCACGCCGACUCUCACGCUUUGCUGACAUCUACAUGGCCUCCAUCAGCUGCCUGCUCAACUAUGACUUCCAGCACACCUUUUUCCCUCGCCGUACUCCCCUGCAGCACGAGUCCCCCUUCUGGCCUGAACACAGUCCUGCUGGUAUUAGCGUCACCUCACAGCUCAGCAGGACCAAAGCAGAGUCCGAUUAGAGAGAGAGAGAGAGAGAGGGUUAAAACAUAAAGACUAGGAUUGGAUAAUCUAAAUUGCUGAUUUAAUUAGUAUUUGUUAGGUUUUAAGAUAUGGCAUUUUAGAAGAUGCAUGUGACAUUUUAAGAUAUGUACAAACUGGUAAUGUUUAUUAAGCUUAAAACUACUUAGUUACAUACUUCCUCUCAAAGAAUUCAGUCCUAAAGAGGACCAGGGCACAUGACUGAAAGAGCAUUUCGACGUUUUAAUUUAAAACAUGGACACCUUGUAUUUUAUAUUUUUAUCACAAAUAAUUUGAAUCAUUGAAUGCACUGAUUGUUGUGAAAGUAUGCAAACAUGCUGCAUGCUGCACAGUCUAACGAAUAGGGGGCAGUCACACAUCAUGUCUAUCAUGGAUCUGGUAUCAAUUGUACAAGAUUAUCUUUUCUUUUUCUAUCAUUUGCAUCUGUAAAACAACAAUAGACUGUCAGUAAAAUGGGAAUACUCAGAUGUGACAUUUACAUUAUAAAUUCUGUUGCCUUAAUGUAUUUUUCACAUUACUCCAAUGCGUAUAUUUUUGUAGUAGCCUAAUGUAAUAUAUGGUAAUCUAGCUUUUUUUAAAUUUUGCAUCUUAGUUAUUUUCAUUUUGAGCUGUACAAUGUGAUACACACUGCACAUUUGUGUUCUAAGAUCUUUGUAAUCAAUUGUCUGAACCAGUUCCACACAACACAGCCUGUAUACUGAAUGUCUUAUUUUAGCACAUGAGAAAUGUCCGUUUGUCAGCAAAAAAUAGAGCAUUGUUGCUAUAUUUAGCAUUUAGCAACUGUUGCUAUUUGACUUUCAUGGGUUUGACACUUCUGCAAAGAAUGCAUGAAAUGUUUUCACAAGUGCUGGUCUACGAAGACUUGAGAUGAAUAUAUUUGAUGUAUAAUCUGAAAAAAGGGAAUUCUUAAAUACCAGUGGCCAAAACCUCAUGGUUUAUUUGCAUUUCUGUAGUAGUUAGUAAAUAUGUGUUGAAGUGUGUUCUUAUUUCACUAUUUAUUAAAAUACAAAUGCUU